AUGGUCCAGUCAUCAGCCCUGGUAACGGCGUCUGUCGCUACCGCCGCCGCCGCCAUUGUCGGUUACGCCGUCUACUUUGACUACCAGCGUCGAAACCAAGCCGAGUUCCGCCGAAACUUGAGGAGGAACGAGCGCAAGCAAGCCCGCGUCGCAAAAGAGGAGGCCGAGGCUUCUACCCAGCAACAACGCCAGUUCAUCCGCGUUAGAGUCGAGGAGGCCAAGGAGGAGGGGUUCCCCAGCGGUGUUGAGGAGCGGGAAGCUUUCUUCAAUGAGCAGGUUAUGGCUGGAGAGAUGCUCAGCCAAGAUCCUACCAAGGCUCUCGAGUCUGCCCUGGCCUUCUACAAGGGCCUCAAGGUCUACCCUGCUCCUGGCGACCUGAUCCGAAUUUACGACAGCACUGUUCCCAAGCCUAUAUUAGAUAUUCUGGCCGAGAUGAUUGCAUACGACUCAUCUCUUGACAUCCGCGCACCCGCGGCUCCCGCCGGCAUCAACCUCUCCGACAUCCCUAACGUUGGUCUCGAUUAA